CUGAACAAAAGGUCACAGAAAAGUGAUCCAAUCAAAAAGCCUUGGAUAAUUGGAUAAACCUUGGUUUUAGGGGUUUAGAGCUACUGCUGCUCGGUUUUCUCUCCUUGUGCAUAUAAGAUUCUAAAGGCUCUCGCUGAAAAAGGCUCAGCAGCAACACAAAGGAAGAUAGAAACUGUACAUAGCCAUGGCAAAGGUGCUCGUGAGUUCAACCUUCAGCUCCUUCUCAGUUAACAGAAGUAAGAGUGACCAUAGAAACUCAAGAGCUACUAAUGGAGUGAGUUACGGUAUUAAGGCAUUGCGGAUUGAGAAACCCCUUGAGGAAUUGUACAAUGUGAGGGUGGAGAGGAAAGCAUCGCCAGAGAGAUUAGCAGAGCUAGGGGUAUCAAGAUGGUCUAUAUGGAAGACAGGCAAGGGCCAGUUACCAUGGGAUUGGCAGGUGGAUCAGCUGGUUUACAUUGAGGAAGGGGAGGUUAGAGUUGUGCCAGAAGGGAGCAAGCGCUUCAUGAGUUUUGUUGCCGGUGAUCUUGUUCAAUAUCCAAAGUGGUUCGAGGCUGACCUCUUCUUCAACGGUCCAUACCAAGAACGUUACAGUUUCAGAGCAUAUGGUGAUGACUAAUAAGCCUGUAUUACAUAUUGUGGCAUGGUGUACUUUUCUCGUUUCUCUUGUUUUAGUUAUGCAUGAAAUAUUUUACUCAAUAAAGUACCAUAAUAAAUUUUGGAAAGAGACUAUUGAUUGCUUGCUUUAAAAUAAAACCAUUGAGGAUGCUAGAAAGUAUACCUUUUCCAUGA